CUUCUGGCACGUCUCUGUACGCGCUCUUCUCGUCGACAACGCGCAGCAUGGAACUGACGAAAGUUGACAAUUGGAUUGGUGGGUGCUUCGUGCCUCCAAAGUCCAAAGAGUACCUGUCUCUGGGAUGCCCGCACUCUGGAGUGAUUUUCGGCUCUGUCGCCCUUUCCAACGGCGAGGACGUCGAAGUCGCGGUGCUCUGCGCCAAGAAGGUUCAGGUCUCGUGGAUGGAGAGGACCACCAAGGCAAGAGCAGAAGUGCUGUUCAAAAUGCGCGAGUUGGUCGGCGCCAACCAGCAAAGACUGGUGAUGUGCAUCGCGAACGAACACGGAAAGACGCCUUUUGAAGCGGAAGCGGAGGUCCUGAAAUCCAUCGAAAUACUCGGAUACGCUUGCAGUGCGCCUCAACUGAUUUCUGGAAAAAUACAGGCGGUUUCAAAAGGGGUGACUUGCUUCGAAAGAAGAGACCCGGUGGGAAUUGUUGCCAGCAUCGUUCCGUUUAACUUUCCUAUGAUGGUUCCCUUUUGGACAGUCCCGCUCGCCCUGGUCACAGGAAACUGCGUCAUCCUGAAGCCCUCGGAAAAGGCCCCGCAAACUAUGAAAUUAGUCGCCGAAAUCUUCAAAAAAGCUGGUGUUCCCGACGGCGUUUUUCAGAUCGUCAACGGCUCUAAAAAUGCAGUGGAGGCCAUUUGCGACCACCCGGACAUAACCCUCGUCACGUUCGUAGGAACGAGCAGAGUGGCGGAAAUGGUUACGCACAGGUGCCGCCUGCUCAAUAAACACGUGUUGGCACUGGGCGGAGCCAAAAACUUCUUGGUGGCAGCCCAAGACUGCCACGUAGAAUUGACAUCUUCUAACGUUGUGUCGUCCUUCACCGGGUGCACCGGCCAGCGCUGCAUGGCAGCGAGCGCCCUGAUCAUCAUUGGGGACCAGGCGCAGCUGCUGGACCUCAUCGUCCGCAAGGCCUCGAUGCUAAGGCCAAAAAACAAACAAGAUGGCGUCUACGACAAAGACGCAAUCGGACCUGUGAUUGACGGCGCAAGCAAGCACAAAAUCAUAUCCUACAUCGAUCAAGCGGAACAAAACGGUUCUCAGAUCCUUCUGGACGGCCGAGAAUGGUACAAAGCAUCGAUAACUUCGGAGUACGGAGAGGGCGGUUACUGGGUAGGUCCGACCGUUAUUCUUCACGCAUCCUCAGAUGAGCCCGCAAUACAAGAGGAGAUCUUCGGCCCCGUCCUGAGCGUAGUAAAGGUAAGCACGUUCGAGGAAGCCAUAUCCAUUCAAAAAAGCUCGAUCUAUGGGAACGCAGCGUGUAUUUACACGAGUAGUGGAGAAGUGGCAGAGUGGUUUGCAAGCAGGUUCGAGGCUGGAAUGAUCGGCAUCAAUGUCGGCGUGCCAGUGCCCAGCGAGCCAUUUUCAUUCGGAGGAAUGAAAAUGAGCAAAUUUGGGGAACUGGACAUCACCGGCGAGCAAGCUAUUGAUUUAUUUACCGUAAAAAAGAAAAUUUCAGUCAGGUGGAGCCAGUAACAGUUCUUCGCGGUAAAAUACACACAAUGCCGACUUCCUUUUUUCUCAGCGUUCGCAUCGCGAACGAGCUAACAGUAGCUUAUUCGAAUAAAAUGACGGCUCAAAUCCGCCUUGUUCGAUAGAGAUGUCUAACUAGUAGAAUAAAUUGCACUGCGCCUUCGCUCCA